GUAGGAUACAGUACUCCACCGAGGGGUUCCAAGCUAUUAUUAUUACUAGAGCUAUUACUACAGCAGCAACCGCUGCUGAUACCUUACUUCCGGGUUUGCAAACUCAGGACCAAACCCAUCUCGGCGGAGGGAUUCAAUUUUCUCUUCUAGCCUCCUCCCCCUUUUUUUUUUUUGCUUCUGCUCUCCCCCCCCUUUUUUUUUUGCACGAAAAUAAUUUGACAGCGUUUUGCUGACACUGGAAUUUUGUACCCGGGAUGGGGGGGAGGGGGCAGAGCUCCAUUAUACGAAGCACGCAUGGAAUUUCUUGAAAAGGUGACUAAAGCCGAACAAGUAUCUUGGUUUCAGUAAAGGCUUUUUUUCAGGCUGGAGUAGAAUUCACCAUCUGUAAAAAAAAAAUUCAGUUCUCCAGAACAAGUGGUCAAAAGAAUAAAAUAGGUUUGCAGUGUUUUAUUUUUAAGUUCUCUCAGGACUACAGUAUUUGAUUUUUAAAUGGUUCUUGCUGAGAGAAAAAGUGCUGAAAAUGGGGGAUCAGCAGACGUAUAAAACAAACCACAUAGUUAACAAUAGCGAAAAUGUAUAUUACCAGCAGCAGCAGCACUUGAGUCCCCUGGCAUCUGCAAACCACAACUAUGGAACUUCAGCCAUGCAUACGUCUCCAGAGUCUCCUCUCUCUCCCUCGUUCCCUCAUGAUGCCAGGGAAAACAUAUCCUUGAAUGUUGGGCCCAAAGGCCUUGGGCUAAUGGAUUCUCCCAGGCAAGCAGACUGGGCCCAUUUGGCAUCUGGAAACCACCUCCCAGUAAGAAACAGUCAGCAUGUCAUGUGGAACCCAAUGGCUCAAAGUGAACCAGUUGAUGGCUUUGACCAUCUCUGUUCCCAAAGCAAUGAUCUCCGAUCACAAAAAAUUACCAGUGGAGUUUUGCAUAAAUUAGACUCUUUUGCCCAGGUGUUUGCUAGCCAAAACUUAAGAAUCCAAGUGAACAAUGUGUCUCAGCACAUUCAGUCACAGCCUCCAGUGAUGGAGAAUGCUGGUGAUAGUGCACUUCGACAGUUGCUGUCUCAGAAACCUGCUGUGGAACAACAACUUGUGCCGAGAUACCAGCAGAUGCCACAGCAAGUCCAUCCAGGAUUUGGAAGUGCACAGCAAAAGCAGCAGAUGCAGUUAAUGCAACACCAGUCCUCUCUUUAUUAUGACAACCAGCAACAUGUUGCCCACAUCCCAAUGCACUCUGCCAUGCACCAGGGACAGGCCCACUUGCAGCAAAUGCAUUCUCAACAUUUGCUGCCACCGCAGCUACAGCAGGAUCAAUACUAUCUGCAGCAGCAGCAACCCCAUCAAGGACAGCACAGGCUCUUGGUACAUGAGAUGCAGCCUCAGCAGCAGCAGCAACAGAGGCAGUGCCCAAUGCAAACAGCUCAGUAUUAUCCAAUACAGCCUAUGAUGCAACAAUUACAACAGCAGCAGCAGCAGCAGAUACAAACACAACUUCCUCCCUAUCACAGGGAUACUAACCAGAAGCCUCUGCACGAACCUCAGCAAUACUCCCAAGAUCGAGGUAAUUCCAUGCAUCUUAUACAGCUAGGAGCAGUCCCUCCGUAUUUCUAUCACGAUCAGCAGCAGUCCUUCAAACAUUUGUACCCACAAGGUGUUCUGCAGCAGCAACAGCCACCUGGUGAUGCCAGUCAGCCCGAUCAUUACCAGGGUGAUGGUAACACUCAGACAUUGAUGGAUGAGCACCUGGCACUCCCUAUGGCAGAGGGGACUGAAGAUCCAGCACCACAGGGCCUGAAUUCUGUGGACAGCACAAUCUCCCAACAAUCUCUUAGACCUUCAACAAGUGUUCAGAUGAAUAACAAAAGACCUCAGCAGUUGUCUCCCAGUGCAGUAUGGCCACAGCAGAUCCAGUUACUUGAUGGCAGACUUCCAUCAGUUUCUCCUGAACAGAGCAAUGCUUGUGAUAAAGAAACAUACAUUGAAAGAUCCGAACCAAAGAGCAAACUGACGUGCUCUGUAUGUUUCAAAGAGUUUAAAAGUUUACCAGCUCUAAAUGGUCACAUGAGAUCUCAUGGAGGAAUAAGGGCAUCUCCUAUCUUCAGACAGGAGGAUGGGGAGAACCUGCCACAGCAGCACCAGCAGGAACAGCUGCCCUCCGAAGUGGAUAGCUUUGUGCCUAUCGUCAUGCCUGUGUCUGUCCCUGUAAAGGUUCUGUCGCCUGAGCCCAGCAAGCAGGCCAGAGAUGGCUGUGCCCUGGUCAAAGACAAGCCUGUCUCAGAUGAUGAGAUGCCUGUCCUUGUGAGGAUGAUCUGUUCUCCAGCACAUUCCCCUAACGCCAUCAGCCCGUGUACCUCUUCUGCUGUGCUGAUGUACCCAAAGAGUGGAUCCCAGGUCAGCAGAAAGGAGCCCAAUAGAAAGCAUCACCAAAGUAUCACCAACUCUGAAGAAAAUAUCAAAUCUUUUCAAGACAGGAAAAAAUACCGCCACAGACCUGAACCACUCUUCAUACCACCUCCCUCCUUCAAUCUCAGUGCAUCUCACUCAGGGGCUACUCUGUACCAAAGCCAACUUCGCUCUCCCCGUGUUUUAGGAGACCAUAUAAUUGACAGGACUCAUAAUCCCCCACCUUAUACACCACCUCCCAUGCUUAGCCCCAUACGGCAAGGAUCUGGACUCUUCAGCAGCGUCAUCAUAUCUUCUCAUGGUACAUCUCAUCCCCAGCUGCCCCUUACCCCCCUGACACCCACUCCCCGGAUUCUCCUCUGUCAAUCUAAUAGUAUUGAUGGAAAUAGUGUUCCUAUGACCCCAAGACCUGGAGAACAGACUAUUCAUAUUGAACCGUGUAUCAACAUUGGCUCAAGAUUUCAGGCUGAUAUCCCUGAACUUAAAGAUAUAGCAAUGGUGGAGAAGGAGGAUCACAAGGCAACUUUAGUUUGGAAACCAUGGCCAGAACUGGAGGACAAAACUUUUGAACAAAGAGUGACCAAUCUCUUAAAUAUGUGCUGCUCGAGCAUAUUAACUGGUGGAGGAACCAACAUAGAAUAUGGUUUGCAUUCGCUCUUUGAAGCUAAAGGAAAUAUUAUGGCUGCUCUGGAAAUGCUUCUUCUUUUGAAACCAAAAAGAGCAAAAUCACACCCUCUAGCCAAUUACCAUUAUGCCGGUUCCGAUCAGUGGACACCCUUUGAAAGAAAAUUGUUCAGUAAAGCACUGGCAACAUAUGGCAAAGAUUUCAUUUUUGUGCAGAAAAUGGUGAAGUCUAAGACAGUCGCGCAGUGUGUUGAAUACUAUUAUACGUGGAAGAAAAUCAUGCAUUUAGGACGACGGCACAGAACUCGGCAGGCAGAAGUAAAAACUGAAUGCCCAACAAGUGGUGAAGAUGAGGAAAUGGAAGGUGAAGAGCAAACUGAGGAAGAAAAAGCAUCUGUAAAAGAAGAGGAUACAGAAAUUCAGAAUUCCCCUGACCCACCGUCUAUUGCUGUUGCAUCACCCGUUAACUCUCCCUCUCUACCAAGCCUUGGGCUACCUGCAACCUCUUUUAUCUGUGAAAUGCCAGACUGUGGGGCUAUCUUCACUUCCAGACAAGCCCUGAAUGGCCAUGCACGUAUUCACGGUGGUACAAAUCCUGUGGUCAAAAGCCGCUGUGGUGGCUCUGGCACUAAACAGAAGUCGAAUUCUCAGAAUGACUAUUGCUCUGUCAAGAGUUCCCCAGCUCAUAGCACAACAAGUGGUGAGACAGAUCCACCUACAAUUUUCCCCUGUAAAGAAUGUGGCAAGAUAUUUUUCAAAAUCAAAAGUCGCAAUGCUCAUAUGAAGACCCACCGCCAGCAGGAAGAACAGCAGAGGCAGAAAGCCCAGAAGGCUGCUGUGGCAGCCGAAAUGGCAGCCACAAUUGCAAGGACUGCUGGAUCACCAGGACACAGCUUGAUUCCCCUGGAUCAUUUAGACUUGAUAAAGCAAGUCGAACAGGGAAACGACCUUGGCAGUGAUGUUGUACAGGAACUGGGAGAAGUAAUUGACAGUGCUGAAGUGAUAAACCCCAGCCUCUUACUGGAUGAAGAAGAAUCAGAGUUGCUUCAGGAUGAUGUUGAGCUGUAGACAAAAUGAGCCACAUCUGUAACAUUACAGAUACCAGAUGAAAUCAGUUUCCUCCAGUGAAAAGACUAUAUUUCUUAGUUCACUUUUAUUUCAAACUAUUUCUAUAGCUAGAUUCUUUUAAAUCCAGAACUGGCUGAACACAUCUGUCUUGUGAUGUUCCUUCUUUUUUCUUUUCUUUUCUUUUUCUUUUUUAAAAGUGGAUGGGAAUUGUUGUUUUCUAAAGGAAUCUUGUGUAAUAUAUUGGAAUCAAAUAUUCUGAAAAGUCCAUAUAUCUUAAAACUUUCAAAAGAAACAUCAUAUUCUUUCAAUUCCGCAGGAGACUUUCUUUUGUUCACAUCUGUUAAUUCUGGCUUCAAAAAAGCCUGCAAUAGGACUGUGGGAUGGCAAAAACAAGUCAGUGAUACCUGCAUCUUCAAUCCAAGAUGGACAUGGAAUAAAUUGUUAGUAUCUGGCGAUUUUGGACUAGGGCAACCUAAUAUGGUUCUUCUGCUUGGGCCUAUAAUCAAGAUAAUCUAAUUCAAUUAUUUCCUCUCACACCAAAGUUUUGACACCAAAUGAAAAUUCUGAGGAGGUCUUGAUUGUCUUUCCUAACAAGAUUUAAAUGGCAGUUUGAUAAUAUAUCCUGUUCUGCUUUACUUGGAUCUGGAAGGAAGAAACAACCAUGAAACCAGAAGGAAUGACUAGAUCAGAGGUGUCAAACUCGAUCCUGCCGCCGGCUGUGUCGGGAUUUUGUUUGCCAUUGGUGGGCCGAAGUGGGCAUGGCCUGGUUAUUGCGGCUGACUGGGUGAGUGUAGCCGGGGCCGGGGCAGCAGGGGCCGGUCCCUCACUGUCUCCAUGAUGGCCCGCAGACUAACUCUGCGGCCUAUUGUGGGCCACGUGUUUGACACCUCUGAACUAGAUAAUUUCUCCAAGCAAAAGUUUUUAUUAUCACCAAAUCUAAUAUGUAUACAAUUGUUUCUUUUCAAGAGUUCCCGUAGUCAUAAUCCAUACUUCAGCGCUUCCAAUUUAGGAGAUUCAGAAGGAACAGUGAGGUCAGUGAACGUAGGAAUAUCUAAGAGAUUAUAGAUAGACUUUUGAUUUUACAGUGACAGAAUGGCUGAAGCAAACUCACCACUUUUUCAUAUAAGAUUCCUGGAUUGCAUGUAAAUUAAUGAUUAAUGUAGGGAAGCAUAGCCAAUCUGUACAGGAAAUCAGUUACUAAACAGUUGUCUUUGAAAGUAUAGGUAUAAUAUGCUAUCUUUAGCUUCACGGCAGUGUUCUCCUGAAAAGAUGCAAGUCAAAAUUUUUCUCACAGAAAAAAGAGGAGAAAAAGGUCCUCUUCGAAUAAAUCUGCUUAUAUAUAUCUAUUUAUUAAAAUUCGUCCAAAUGGAAAAGAAUGGUUUUAUGGUCUCUGAUCAUAAAUUUUAUGUGGCUUCUGUGGAUGCAGAAUGCACAUAACUUGGAAUACGCAAACCUUGGUGCAGUUCCAUUCACUUUUGUAAACUGAAUUAUAUAUCAUCAUGAAAGUGUGUGCAAAACCUAGAUGGAACCAUGCAGGUUUUGGUCAUUGCCAAAGAGUUUAAAACUGCCAAGUGUAUAAUUUGUUGGUGAGGUUAGUGUAAACGUAUUGAACAUUGCACUUUUUAUGCCCCCCAAAAUUGUCUUUUAUAGACUCACAGGUUUGAAACUAAAAAUAAGCCCAAUAACAUUACACAAGUUUGAGAGACCUACAUUGUGUUUAUGUGUUAAGCUUCUCAUUUUAAUUGUACAACCAAAAUACAGAGCCAUAAUUAAUGUUUUAAUAGUUUUCACUUCGAUAACUAUUUUGAAAUUCAGAUUUCUUUCAUUUUUGUUUUUAUGUUGCUAUUUUAGCAAUACAUGAGGCUGCAAAUUUAAGUACAAAUUUAAUCUCAUCCAGUACAGUAAUUGUGGUUGUUUCUUCCCUUUCCUGAUUUUGUUACAUUAGUUUCUAAUAUACACAGAGUAGUGUUUCAUGAUAAUCUUGCGCUAAACCAAUAAUGACCAAAAUCUUCCCCCUCUCUUCCUCUCGUGUUGUGUUUGAGAAUGAUUACAUGGAUCAGUUUGGUCAGAUUUGGAAUAUCCUAGCUAAGCAACUCUUUCAACAUCAGGAGUGGGUUCAGUUUUUAAUAUAAUUCUGUAGUAUAAUUUAUCAGUGAACAAAGAGCUCAAAGUUAUGUGAAAUUAUUCUGUUUGCAUAGUCAUGGAUAUUUUCAUGAGAGCCAGAUUUAUAGUAUUUGAUAAUUUGAUAAGUCUUAAAGAUAUUUUUUGUGAAAGUCAAUUUUAUAUGGCCAAAUCCUAAAGUUCCUACUCUUCAAAGCUUUGUUAGCCAUGGCCACCAAUGAUAAUUGUUCUAGAUGAGGCAAUUACUGUGUUCAAAUCAGUUCUGUGUCCAAUUAUAGAUUACAUGCACCACAUGAAAAGUAGCCAAGUUGAAAUUAUCAGUAACACCAAAAGUUUCCUUUAACUAGUCAGUAGGCUGUGAAGUGCAAGCUAUCUGUUGGGUUUCUUCUUCUGAUAUGUAUUCAUUCUUUAACAAAGAAAUUGAAGAGAGUUGAUUAAUAUGCUUCAUUGCACAAUCAGGUAGAUAUUUAUAUUGGAUUUGGCUUUUUUUUUUUAACCUAUCAAGGCCUUCCCAAGAACCUGGGAUUGGCAGAUGUGGAUGGUUGAUGGUGAUAAAGAUAUUGUUGCAGGAUGCAAGCUAUCCUGAGUUAAAGCUACUUUUGCAAUUGACCAAUGGUAAUUUUGUCAAUGGUGUUCAAGUGGUGCUCCAGUUGUUUUGGGAUUGACCCAAAGAGCCUAUUGCUAUUGGAACUACUUUUGCUUUCCUUUGUCACAGUCGUUCUGUUUCUAUUUGCAGGUCUGUGUAUUUUAUCAUCUUCUCCAGUUUUUCUCUUCUAUUCUGUUGUCUCCGGGUAUUGCCACAUCCACUAUCCAGACUUUUUUCGUCUUUCUUAUAGAUCAGAAUUCCCCAACCUUUCUGGCUUUGCAGACUGGUGAGUGGGAGAGGGAUGGUUCCCCAUGCGCACAGACAGCACGCGUGCUAUGCAUACAGCUUUGUUUAGGCUCGCAGCAUGCACAUGUGCUCACUUAAAUUGAGCAUGCAUGCAUGUGCUUGCCUGCUGCUCACGCAAGUGGGAUGUGUGUGCAUGCUCACCCAUUUCCAUGGCUCAGUUGCAAACAGCUCAUGGUCCACUAGUGGGGUGCGGCCCAGAGGUUGGGGAUCUCUGUUAUAGACAGUUGUUAUGUCUGGGGUAUGGCAGGUUUGAAAAUAAAAAUAAGCCCAAUAUCCGUACCCAAGUUUGGGAGACCUAUAUUGUGUUUAUGUUCUAAGAUUCUCAUUUUAAUUAUAUGACCAAAAUAAAAACCACAAUUAAUGUUUUAACAGUUUUCACUUUGCUAAUAUUGAAAUUCAGAUUUCUUUCUGUUCGUUCGUUUGUCUGUUUGUUUGAAUUCUGAAGUCCCAAAGCUUCAUCAUUUUCUAUAACUUUCUCUCUUUUAUGGUCCCAUCAGUUCUUGCUUGCAGGCAAACAAGCAAAUGGUAUUUUUUGCAGAUCGUCCAAUGCACCAUUGUUGCUACUUUGUCAUGAGGUUAUUUGUAGUUAGCCUGUGCAAUCGUCUUGCAGCAGCUAACCAUGGGAGCCACUGUUUCUUCAGUUUCUUUGCAGAAGCAGGACUUCCCAACUUUGGCUUUGAAUGCAUUUGUUGUAUGUAUCUGUUCUUGAGGUUUGGUCUUGUGCAGCUAGAAUUAGCUUCUAGGUCUCUUUCUUCAACUUUCCUACUCUUAACCAUUGCCAGAUUUUAUUAUUAUCUGCUUUGUCUACUAUUUUUAAAAUAUUAUUAUUAUCAAAUUUACUUGCCACCCAUCUUGCAAUUCAAGGUGACUCAUGAGUGGAAGUAAGAUAAAAUAUACAAAUAUCUGACAAUUAUAAAUAUAAAAGUAGAUUAAAAUUACAAACAUUAAAACAAAUUGAAAAACAUGAAUUUGGAGAGGAGAGGUGGGUUUGCCUUUCCUCUUGAUGCAUCAACCAUCUUCAGGACCUCAUGCCAGCUGGCAUAGUCAGGUGUUAAGGCUUUCCCUGAAGGCUUAAAAAGAAGGGUUGGAUCUUAUGUCCUAUGGCAAGAUGUUCCAAAGAGCAGAGGCCAUAGCAGAAAAGGCUCUUCUGGAUCCCACCAGCUGAAAUUCAUUGCCUGAUGGGAUCUGCCAUUGACCCAGCAUGAGUGAGGUAAACCAAUCCCCCAAAAUGGUUCUGCCCAUUUUUUUGCACUUUGAUAACAGUGCAAAACUCACAAUAGAUAAUUCCAAGCUGAUCUGUAUUAUUUUCAUAUAAAACUAUAAGCCAGAUUUUUUUUUACCUUCAUUAAGAAGCUGGUCAUUACCUUCAUUAAGCAUCAGGCCAUUAUUCAUCUAAAUAACAUUAGGUUUUAGUAUUCCUCAAGCUAUGUCCAUCAGAUGAGGUGAGGCUGAGUCUCAAAAUUUUCAUCCAGCAUACUUGGAGGCUCUUUCAGGAUAUUAUAAAUUUCUAAGUUUCCUUAGAAUAAGUCCGUAAUAUAAAAUUGUUCCUGAUUAUGUCUUUAGAUUUAUAACCACAGCACUAGUGCCAUUGGAUUGUAUUCUUACAAUAUACUGGAAGGUAUUGGUAAAAUUGACGGCAUUGCAAUUGAUCAUUGGACUAAUUCAUGAUGAACCUGAUAAUGCAUGGUUUCAUUUUAAAUUAUGUAAAGCAAUUACUCCGUCCUCUAUCCAGCAUACUCUGGAUAUACAGAGAUGUCAUAAAAUGCACAUUUUAACCUAACGGAAUCGCAAAAGAAUCCUUGAAAGAAAGAAUAUUGGUACUUCUAUAAAAAUGUUGUUGUUGAAAUAUGCUUCAAUAUUUUGCCAGAAAAUCUGUGUGUGGGGAGGUUCUAUUUACUGAAAUUUUGUGUUUAUCACAGCUAUUUCAGUAACGAAUUAGUUAAAAAGUGCACAUAACCUAAGAAAAAAGGAAAAUAUAUUUUAAUGGAGAAAUCUUAUUUUCAGAAGUAUUUAACUGCUGAUUGAUUGUUACAAAAAAGUUGUACAUUUCUGAGGUAUAGUGUAGUGUAAAAAUAUUUGGUUUAAAAACAUUUAACAUCAUUUUUAUUUUGUUUUAUAUUAAAAUGUUUGCCUGUUACGGCUUAAUUACACCUGAGUUGCAUGUGAUUUAAUUUCAGGAUGUAAUUGGGUCAGGUUUGCACUAAAUGCUUAAUUUCAUAAUAUAUUACAUGGGAGGGGGCAAUUUCCUUUUUGUCUGAUGAGGUAGAAUGAGGCAUGCAUUGUACCUGGUACAUAAUUAAAAGCAAGUACUGUGUAUAGAUUAUACAGCUUUUUUUUUUGACAGGCAAUUGUAAAAUCAAAGGGAUUCUGUAAGAGUUUGCAGGGAGAAACAGUAUUUUAUACUUUUGAUAAGAUAUACUUUGUUUAAAAAAAUGUUCAUGUGAUGGGAAAAAAUCUUUUAAAUAAAUGAAUCAGCAUUUUA